AUGGAUUUAGAUGAUCACCAAAUGGAGUCUCCGAGCGCUCCUGACAAAAGAAAUGGCAGAAAUAUUUCCCAACUGAAUAACAAUCUAGUCUACCUCACUUCGACACCGAACAAUCGAGUCUCCGAUGAUAAAGUAUCCAACCUAUCCCUGAAUUCGACAAAUGGCCAUUGUGAUAUGGAAAAGGUGGACAAUUUGAGUCCCAUCAGGAAUUUCACGGAUGAACAAUUGAUGAACAGCUUGAAUGCCAACAGAGAUAUCAGCAGCUUCACCACUACGAUAAUCGCAGACAUCGAGGGAGAUGUAAAGAAAAAACACAAAUUCGUAGAGAAAGGAUAUUACAUGGCCAAGGAAAUUUAUAUGACCGAAAUCACUUACAAGAAGGACUUGGAUGUCAUCAAUGUGUGGUUCAGGAAUGAUGUUGGCAAAUUAGAAAUUGAAGAAUGUGAAUCACUUUUAACCUUGAUACAGCCUUUGGCAGAGGCUCAUGGUCAACUUCUCAAAGAUUUAGAACACAGAAUUCAUGGUUGGGAUGGCAAAGGUGGUUGGAAAUCUUCACAAGGAAGAAUUGCAGACGUUCUGCUGGCACAUCUACCACCUCUAAUACCGCUUUAUCAGGAAUAUAUGGAUGAACACAUCAAUGUUUUAGAACAUUUGGAUGCUGCUUUCAAACAAAACCAAAAAUUCGAGCAAAUGUACAGGGAUUUUGAAACACAAAAAGUGUGUUAUUUACCUUUCACCACAUUCGUACUAAGACCUCUGCAUCGUUUGAUUCAGUAUCGAUCUCUAAUAAAUCGGCUGUUGAAAUAUUAUGGUCCAAACCAUCCCGAUCGAAGCGAUUGUUUGACUGUUGCCAACUGUUUAAAAGCAAUUAUAGAUCCAGUACCUGAGAUUCUCGAAGAAUCUGAGAAUAUUUCGUCCUUAUGCGAGCUACAAAAAGAUGUGAUUGGAUUCGACAAUAUUUAUCAGUCGGGCAGGAAGUUUAUAAGACAAGGAUGUUUACUGAAACAUUCGAAAAAGGGUUACCAACAAAGAAUGUUCUUCUUGUUUUCUGAUAUUCUACUUUAUACGUCUCGCUGUCAAGCAACACUGCAAUUCAAAGUGCACGGUCACAUGCCACUCAGAGGCGUGCUGAUAGAAGAACCUGAAGGAGAACUGUCCAACUUUGGAUUCAUCAUUUACGGAGGAAGUAGAUCUUUAAUCGUUGCUGCAAACUCUCAGGAUGAUAAACAGAGAUGGAAAAUGGAUCUCAAGACAGCUAUUCAAGAAGCUAAAGACAAUAGUGAUACGAAAACAACAUAUCUCAGUUUGAAACGUUAUAGUUCAUCUGAUGAGUUAUUAGAUCAAUGUGGUAAUGAUGUAGGCACUCAAACCAAAUCAACAGCCCAAAGAAGUAGUUCAACUGUACAUGUCUGCUGGCAUCGUAGUACCAGUACAGGAAUGAGAGAUAAACUUCUAGUAGUUGAAAAUCAAUUAUCGGGUUUCCUGCUGAGAAAAUUCAAAAGCAGUAACGGUUGGCAGAAACUUUGGGUGGUUUUCACCAAUUUCUGCCUGUUCUUCUACAAGGGCUGUUUCGACGAAUAUCCCCUCGCUUCUUUGCCACUUUUAGGUUAUACGAUCGGGCUGCCGACGACGGAAGAUGCCAUCUAUAAGGAUUUCGUUUUCAAGCUACAAUACAAAAAUCACGUGUACUUCUUCAGAUCAGAAUCGGAAUACACUUUCAAAAGAUGGAUGGAAGUUAUCAGUAACAUUACUGAGAAUGGACACAAAAACAAAUACACUCAGGAUGAGGAUUGUAUAGAAAUUUCGCCAGAAAUAUGA